AUGUCACCAGAACGUGUACCGGAAACAUCAGAUGUGCAUCUCCAGGCAAACUUGAAACCUGUCCUACCGACUGGACAACCACAAGAGCGGCCACAUAUCAAAGCCCCGUUGAUGAAAUUCAAAACGUACCUGACGGCACUGCGACCAUGGUCGUUGUCGGCCAGCUUGAUGCCUACAUUACUCGGUACCACUAUCGCUUAUCGUGUGCACGGCUAUGAAGAUCUCAGUAUAUUAACUUUUCUUUCUACCGUGCUGACGGUGGUGACCGUACAUUGUGCUGGCAAUGUGGUAAACACAUAUUAUGAUUUCGUUAAAGGCAUAGACGAUCGCAAAGCAGAUGAUCGAACACUAGUUGAUCAUAUUCUCAGCAAAGAUGAGGUUGUAACCCUCGGAGUGCUGUUGUAUGGUGCGGGGUGUGUAGGGUUCGUGUUUUUGGUUUAUCUAUCACCGGCCAAGCUGGAGCAUCUUGCGCUAGUGUAUUUCGGUGGGUUAUCGUGCAGUUUCUUGUACACCGGUGGUAUAGGCUUAAAAUACAUCGCCCUAGGUGAUGUUCUUAUUUUGAUAAUCUUUGGACCGAUCUCGGUGCUAUUCUCGUAUAUGGCACAAACUGGGUAUAUCGAGUGGGCAACCAUAUUCUACGCCAUCCCACUUGCGCUCAACACUGAGGCGAUAUUGCACAGCAACAACACGCGUGACGCAGAAUCCGAUAAGAGAGUUGGUAUCGUGACGCUGGCCAUUUUAAUUGGUAGAACCUGCUCGUACGUUUUAUAUGCUGUGUUGCUUUUCACGCCAUAUGUGAUUUUCGUGGUGUUAGGUAUGAAAUAUUCUGUACUGUUUCUAUUACCGAUGGUAACGUUUAAGCAAGCGUUUGCUAUCGAGCGGCAAUUUCGCAAUGAGGCUACAGUACAAAAGGUACCACGCCAAACGGCUAAGCUAAACUUAUUUUUCGGCAUUCUGUAUGUUGUGGCAUGCUUUGGCGCACCACAGCUACCGUUCAUAACGAGAAAAUGA